AUGAGUUAUGUGACUGCCAUGACUGCUGUGACUGCUGUGACUGCUGUGACUGCUGUGACUGCUGUGACUGUUGUGACUGUUGUGACUGUUGUGAUUGUUGUGACUGUUGUGACUGUUGUGACUGUUGUGACUGUUGUGACUGUUGUGACCGCUGUAACUGAUGUAACUGCUGUGACUGUCGUAACUGUUGUAACUGUUGUAACUGCCUUGACUGCUGCAACACCCUUGACUGCUGCAACACCCUUGACUGCUGCAACUGCUUUGACAGCCAUGACUGACUUGACUACGGUCCCUGCUUUGUCUACUGCGACUGCCAUGACUACUCUGACUGCCAUGAACUCUACUCUGACUGCCGUGACUGCUAUGGCUGCCAUGGUUGUUGCAACUGCCAUGGUAGCUGCAAAUGCCAUGGUAGCUGCAACUGCUAGAGUUGCCGGGGCUGCCGUGACUGCCAGAGCCAUUGAAACUACCCGGGCCGCUGCAAAUGCCGUAGCUGCUCGGGUUGGUGCAACCACCAGAGCCGUCGUUUCUACCCUGGCCGUCAUGUUUCCUAGGACUGCUAGUGUAACCACCGGCGCCGCCAAGUCCACUGGAACUCCCGUCAUCGCCAUGGCCGUCGUAACCGCUGGAGCUGCCGUAACCCGUCAAGGAGAAUCAACAUGGGCUUCCAUCCGGGACGGCUCGUCUGUGGAAAUCGAAUUCCAUCUUCCGUGCUCCAGAUGCCGGGUGGCAUGA